AUCAGCAUCAGCAUCGCCAAACUAAUCUUAAAAAAACUUUAAAAAAAAAUUAUAUUCCUUCUCUCUCUCUCUCUCUCUCUUACGUUGCGUGUACACCUGUUUCUGUCUCCGAAGCUUCCCGAUUCAAUCCCUGAUCUCCGAUUCGCAAUCGGAACACAAUACUGCGGUGACCGUUGAAUCAAUCACCGGUGGUUCAAUUUUGCAAUUUGGUAACUGACCUUAUUCAGUGGAUUUUGGCAUUUGCUGUGCUCAGUGGUUGUGCUCGGUGGUGGUGGUUGUGGACAAAGGUUGAUGUGAAUGCUCGAAUUUGGGAUAUCUCUCACGCUCUCUUCCAAUCGCGCCAACACCGUUCAGUACUCAGAUACAAGCUUGGCAAUUAGGCACACAAGUUUUCCUAUGAUAUGUUACUAAUGGCACUGGAUGAUUUUUGCCUGCUACAAACUUGUUGAGGGAAUUGACAAAGAAAAGAGAUGGGGGAAUCAGAAUCAGCAAAGAAAAUAGAGGAAGAAGUAGGAAGAGUGGUGGAGCAGGCUAAGGAGCUUCAGGACUCUGCCGCAUCUUUCAUUUCCAAGGCUUCCGCCGAUGACCAAUCCCUCCGUAACCGUGUCGUUUCCCUCGACUCUUCCAUUCGCCGCCUCCAUUCUCUCCUCUCGCAUAACAACCAUAACCUUCUCGAUCCCAAGUUAGCAGACAAGCUCGAAGAAGAUUUACAGAGAGCUAGAUGUAUCAUGGUUGACGGAGAUGCCGCUUCUUUCCUUCCUCCAAAAACUCAAGGGGGAUUUUUGAAGAUGUUUCUGGGUCCUAUUAAUGUCCGCGCCUCGCAAAAAGACAUUCAAUUAAAGGUUAAAGAGGAGUACAACAGUUACAGAGAUAGAACUGCCCUUCUGUUUCUCUUUUUCCCAGCAGCACUUCUUAUUCUAAGGUCUUGGAUUUGGGAUGGAUGCUUGCCAGCUUUUCCCGUUCAGCUGUACGAGGCUUGGCUUUUGUUCCUUUACACUGGCUUGGCAUUGCGAGAAAACAUUUUGAGAGUGAACGGAAGCGAUAUUCGUCCAUGGUGGAUUUAUCAUCACUAUUGUGCUAUGGGUAUGGCCCUGGUUAGUCUCACCUGGGAGAUUAAAGGGCAACCAAAUUGCACACAAAAGCAGAGAGGGGUUCAACUUUUCCUACAAUGGGCUAUGAUGCAAGGGGUUGCGAUGCUUUUACAAAAUAGAUAUCAACGCCAGAGACUCUAUACUCGUAUUGCAUUGGGAAAGGCUAAGAGGAUGGAUGUUGUCUGGGGAGAAACGGCCGGUGUGGAUGGCCAACUGUGGUUGUUGUGUCCCAUACUUUUCAUUUUGCAGGGUUUCGAGGCAUAUGUUGGACUACUGUUACUCAAGACUGCAUUCAUUGGGGUUGUUUCUGAAUGGCAGGUAUUUUUUUGUGGGAUCCUUCUAGUUUUAAUGGCUGUCGGGAACUUCGCAAAUACAGUACAGACACUCAUGGCGAAGUCAAGGUUUAAGGCAAAGAUGAAAAGAAGUAAGAGCAAACCGGAGCUGUAACAAAUCAUCCCUAAUUAUCAUCUUCUUCCUAAAGCUUUUUAUAGGAUCUCAUUUUUGGAAUGCUUUUCUGGGUCUCAAACGUGUUUCUUGAAGCUAAUGCUGUAAAAAAAUUGCUUCAUAAAGCUUCGUUUUUACUUCUCAUUAACCUUUAUAUGAUGUAGCAUUGAUUUUUUACCCCCUGACAGAACCAUAAUCUUGGAUGCAAAUGCUAUGAUUUGGGUCACGUGUGAAAAUAUAUUUUCUUUCAUUGGGUAAA